AGUUUGUUUUUGCAUAUGACUUAAACAAAAUCACGGUGACACAUUAUUAAAACAAUAAUUAAUCAUGGAUGAUAAAAAAACACAUAAAUUGUUGGACAGUAUUAACCCCGAAGAUAUCGUUAUUUCUGGUAUUAGUGGAAGAUUUCCAGAUUCAGACAACAUGAAUCAGUUACGAGAAAAUCUAUUUAAUAAAAUCGAUCUUGUUAGACCAAAUCAUGGUCGAUGGAAAAUAGAUCAUUCGGAUUUUUCAAACCGUAUGGGAACAAUUAGCAAUAUCGAAAAAUUUGAUGCAGAUUUCUUUGGAAUAUCUGUCCAGCAAGCACAUGUAUUCUCGCCCGACGUAAGAAUGUUAUUAGAACAUUCUUACGAAGCUAUUAUCGAUGCAGGAAUUAAUCCAAAACAACUACGAGGAACAAAUACUGCCGUAAUCAUAGGGAUAGCUUAUAUUGAAUCACAAGGGCAAUUAUUGUUUACUGGUGUUCAGUCAGGUGGUAAGAAUAUUGUUGGAUGUGCCAAAGCUACAACGGCAAACAUGAUUUCACACAUCUUGGAUCUGAAAGGAAUAUCAACUACUAUCGAUUCAGCGUGCAGUUCAAGCUGUUAUGCCAUGGCCGUUGGUUACGAUUAUAUCAUGUCUGGCAAAUGUGAAAAUGCGAUAAUUGGAACUACAAAUAUAUGUUUACAUCCCCUGAUAACUUUACAAUUCGCACGUCUAGGUGUUUUGUCACGUAGUGGUUACUGCAGACCAUUUGACAUCUCUGCAGACGGUUAUUCACGUAGUGAAACAGUAGCAGUGAUAUAUCUACAAAAAGCAAAAAAUGCAAAAAGAAUUUAUGCUGUAUGUUCUCAUAUUAAAUUAAAUAGCGAUGGUUACAAAGAGGAAGGUAUAACUUAUCCAUCGGCACAAAUGCAAACCGCUCUACUGAAAGAAUUUUAUGAUGAAUGCGGAAUACCGCCAACUUGCUUGGAUUACAUUGAGGCACAUGGUACUAGCACCAAAGUUGGCGAUCCUCUCGAAAUCAAUGCACUCUAUACUGCUUUGGGUGCGAUUAGAGGAACUCCAUUAAUGAUCGGUUCCGUAAAAUCUAAUAUGGGUCAUUCUGAACCCGCGAGCAGUUUUGGUCAAAUUGCUAAGGUAAUAAUAGCAUUUGAAACUGGUUUUGUUCCACCAAAUAUCAAUUACACGUCACCACGGCGUGAUAUAGAGGCCUUAUUAAAUGGAACUGUACGUGUCAUCGAAGAACCAAUGCCAAUUAAAAACGGUUACAUUUGUUUGAAUUCUUUCGGUUUCGGAGGUGCCAACGCUCAUGUGUUAUUAAAAUGGAACGACAAGCAAAAAAUUAAGGAUCGAGUAACGAACGAUGAUCUGCCUAAACUUGUAAUAUUAUCUGGUCGCACUGAAGAAUCAGUAAAAUUAUUUUUAAACGACAUUGCUAAUCAAUCGAUAGAUAUAGAAUAUAUCCGUUUACUGCACGACGUCCAUGCUGACAAUAUAGAUGGUCAUCCAUGGAGAGGAUUCAUUAUACUGAAUAAUUUUAAACAAGAACCAAUAUACGAAAUUCAAAGUUGUGUCAAUAUGAAAAGACCAGUUUGUUUUAUAUUUUCUGCUUUAGGCUCACAAUGGCCAGGAAUGGGUCAAAACUUAUUAAAAUUUCAUAUCUUUGCAAACACAAUAAGAAGAUGUGAUGAGUUUUUAAAACCAUAUAGUAUAAGUAUCAUGGACAUUUUGACAGACACAACUCAAAACGUUUACGAAAACGCAUUAUACGCUUUUGUUGGCAUCGUCGCUAUUCAGAUUGGCUUAGUGGAUCUUCUAACAUCCUUAGGAAUUAUUUCGGAUUACAUGAUAAGUCAUUCUGCUGGUGAACUCGGUUGUGCAUACGCGGAUGAAUGCCUCACCAUUGAACAAACUAUUUUAUCGGCAUAUUUUAUCGGUGUUGCAUGUGUCGAAGAAAAAAUAAUUUCCAGCUCUAUGGCACUUGUCAGCUUAAAUUAUAAAAGUCUAAAAGAUAUGUGUCCAACGGAUAUUGAGAUAAUAUGUCGCAAUAGUAAGAAUAGUAGCAUUGUGUGUGGACCCACAGAAUCCGUACAAAAAUUUGUGAAAAAAUUACAGCUUAAUAAUAUUCACGUGAAAGAGAUCCCCUGCAACGUACCAUAUCACAGUUCUUAUCUUGCAUCCGUGAAAACUCAGCUUUUGUGUAAUUUAAACAAAGUAAUACCAUGGUCAAAAAAACGGAGUUCAAAAUGGAUCAGCUCCUCCGUACCGUGUGCUGAGUGGUUUACAUCAGCAUCGAAUUUAUCAUCGGCGGAUUAUCAUACACGCAGCAUAUUAAACAACGUUCUCUUUGAACAAACGACGCAUCUAAUUCCAAGUAACGCUGUAAUUAUUGAAAUAGCACCAGACGGCGUUCUCCAGAGUGUUUUGAAGAAAUCCUUACAUCCGAAAGUGACAAACAUUGUAUUGAAUCAACGUACUGACGUCGACGUAUUUUUGCAAAAAAUUGGAAAGCUCUAUAAUUGUGGUUUACAGCCGCAAGUCGCCAAUUUAUAUCCUCCAGUCGAAUUUCCAGUUAGUCGAGGCACUCCUAUGAUCGCUCCGUCGAUCAGAUGGGAUCAUUCCAAAGAUUGGUUUACAUUUAAAUAUCAAGAACAAAAAUAUAAUGAAUUCCGAGAAAGGCACGUUGAAAUCUUACUUCAGAGUGAGGACUAUGAAUUUAUGAGCGGACAUGUUAUAGAUGGGAGAAAUUUAGUACCAGCGACCGGUUAUCUUGCACUUGUUUGGGAAACUUUCGGCAUGAUAAAAAGAAAAAUAUACACAACAAUUCCAAUAACAUUUCGAGAUGUACGCUUUAUUCGUGCUACCCAUUUGUCAAGAAAUGAAGCUACAAACUUAAAGAUUGCAAUAAUGAAAGAUGGGAGAUUUGAAAUAAUCGAAGGAGACAACGUUAUAGUAACUGGUAGAGUGUACGAGCCAUCGAAUCCAGAUCAAGAAAUUACUUCUACAGAUAUAUUAUCGAAAAAUAAUGAAGAAGAACAUAUGACUACCAGAGAUAUUUACAAAGAGUUGAAAUUGCGUGGUUACCAGUACAGCGGCUUGUUUCGUGGAUUACACAGCGCAUCUAUUUCAGGCAACAAAGGACACGUCGCUUGGAGAAACAAUUGGGUAACAUUUAUGGAUACAAUGCUACAAAUGCACAUUAUCGGACAUGACACCAGGGAUUUGUAUGUUCCUACGAGUAUUGAAAAAUUGGCAAUUAAUCCUGCGCUUCAUGCUUGGACAGUACAACAAACUGAAAACAAAGAUCAUACGACAAAUGCAAAUAAACAUAUUUUAUUACCAAUACGAGUAUACAAAGAGAUCGACACGGUCACAGCCGGCGGAAUAGAGCUUCGAGGUGUCAAAGCCACUCAGAUCGCUCGCAGGAAAAUGGAUCAAGAUGCUAUUAUCGAAGAAAACAUAUUUGUAGCUCAUCUUGAUCGCGCAAAGAUUUCUUUAAGCGAAGCGAUACGAAUAUCCGCACAACUCGCCUUCGAAGAUCAUCAGGUCACUAAAGUGAAAGUCAUUGAGCUCGUGGAAGAUGAUGAUAAUGCUGCAUUAGAGUCUCUAUCAUCUUUACUGUUGAUUGAGGCUUUUAAUGAUAUACCCUUGAUACAACCAAAUAUUACCCUUUUAACAUCGCCGAAUCGUUUUAAUCCAGCAGACCUGUCGCAAAACAUUUUGAUUGCUGAUUUGAACAAACCAAUUGUGGACGACAAAGUUUUAAUAGUAGCUGGAUUCAAUCUUCUAACCAAACAACAAACUUCUCUAAAACGACUUUUGCCAUUUCUAAAAGAAGGUGGUUAUCUGUUGACGCGCGAAAAAUGCGACGUAUAUGAUUAUAGCAAAUAUCAGCAGCAAUACGAAUUAAAUGUUAUUCUUGAAAAGCGCACCGAUAAAGAAAUCAUUGUUUUUAUGAAGAAAAAAGUUCAGAUAGAAAAAAGAAUUGUUGUUCAUAUAAAUAAUGAUAACUUUAACUGGCUGAACGAUUUAAAACCGCUGGUGAGUGACGAGAAUAAAUUCGAAAAGAACAGUAGAAUCAUAAUUGUUGGAGAGGGAGACUCUGAGUGUGGUCUGUUGGGUUUUGUCAACUGUUUGAAAAAAGAACCAGGUGGAGAACUCGUUAGAGGUGUGUUUAUUCAAGAUGAAGAGGCUUCCAAAUUUUCUCUUCAGGACCCCUUCUAUUUACAGCAAUUACAAAAAGAUAUGACCAUUAAUGUGUUACGAUCUAACGGAAUAUGGGGAUCGUACAGAUAUUUACAAUUACCACGGCAAAAACCCGAGCCUGUUCCAACCGCACACGUCAUUCAGACGGUCCGUAAUGAUCUGAGCACAUUUUGUUGGGUGGAAAGCGACUUAUCUGUUAAACUUGAUCGUAAAGAUUUGGUAGAUGUUGUCUACUCGUCUCUCAAUUUUAGAGAUGUAAUGGUUGCAACUGGUAGAGUAGUAUUUAAUCAAAUUUUGAGAGAACGAUUAUGUCAAUAUAUUCCUCUGGGAAUGGAAUACGUUGGAUUUGACGUCAACGGGCAACGUGUAAUGGGACUUAAUGAUACUAACUGUAUAGCAAGCGUUGUUGCAGCACGUGAAAAUAUGUGUUGGAAGAUACCAGACGCGUGGACAUUUGAAGAAGCUGCGACAAUCCCAUGCGUUUAUGGUACGACUUACAUCGCUCUUUACAUUCUUGGAAAAAUGAAAGAAGGUGACAAAAUACUUAUACACUCUGGUACUGGCGGCAUUGGACAGGCAGCUAUUAACCUGGCUCUCAAAGAAGGAUGCGAAGUGUUUACUACCGUGGGCACAAGCGAGAAGAGAGAUUUCAUUAAAAAACUGUUUCCCUCAAUUUUAGAUGAACAUAUUGGAAAUUCUCGAGAUACCAGUUUCGAACAAAUGAUAAUGCAUCAAACGAACGGUCGCGGCGUCGACAUCGUGUUGAAUUCAUUGGCGGAGGAAAAGUUAAUAGCGUCUGUUAACUGUUUAGCACAAAACGGCCGUUUUCUAGAGAUCGGCAAAUUUGAUUUAACUUCUAACAAUCCUCUAAGUGUGUCCGCGUUUCAAAAAGGAAUUAGUUUUCAUGGGAUUGUAAUCGAUGAAAUGAUAUUUGGCAAUCAUAAGAAUAAUCACAUUUUGCACAAAAUGAUAGCCGAUGGUUUGAAUAACGGAGUCAUCAAGCCAAUUCAAGCAAAAGUUUUUCCGAAAACAGAUAUUGAACAAGCUUUUAGAUACAUGGCGAGUGGAAAACACAUGGGAAAGAUUAUUCUAAAUACGCGGGAGAAGAAUAAGCCUUUAGACGAGCCUGUUAUCGCAUAUCGUCGCUAUUACUGCUACGCGAACAAAAGUUACGUUAUAUUAGGAGGCCUAGGUGGAUUUGGUUUGGAGUUAAUUGAUUGGUUGAUAUUUCGGGGUGCCAGAAACGUCGUGUUGGUUUCACGAACUGGAAUAAAAAACGGUUACCAACGCAUGAAGAUUCGACUGUGGGAAUCGUAUGGUGUAAAUGUGCUAAUCAUCAAGAAUAUCGAUGUCGCUGAUCCGAAGGAUUGUGAGUACCUCUUGCGGUCUGCGGAAAAAAGGGCACCCGUGGAUGCAAUAUUCAAUCUCGCUGUGGUGCUGAGGGACAACGUUUUGAAGAAUCAAACCGCGACAGCAUUUGCAGAGUCCUUUCAGUCGAAGGCUCGGGCAACGCAAGCCUUGGACAAAUAUUCCAGAAAGAUCUGCUCCAAGCUGCGACACUUUGUAGUGUUCUCUUCCGUUUCUUGCGGCAGAGGUAAUCCUGGACAGACUAAUUACGGCAUGGCCAACUCCGUUAUGGAAAGAGUGUGCGAAAAGAGAGCGGAAGAAGGAUUACCCGCACUGGCAAUUCAGUGGGGAGCUGUGGGUGAUGUGGGUCUCGUCGCUGACAUGCAGGAGGAUGAUAAAGAACUGAUUAUCGGCGGUACUUUGCAACAAAAAAUAUCCUGCUGCUUUAACGAGCUCGAUAAGUUAUUACUUCAAAGUCGGCCGGUGGUGAGUAGCAUGGUGGUAGCUGAAAAAAAGACGGGAUCUUUCGGAAACCUGAUAGAAACUGUUGCCAGUAUUUUAGAUAUAAAAGAUAUAAAAGUGAUAAGUCACAAUAUGUCUCUAGCCGAACUUGGAAUAGACUCCAUGAUGGGCGUUGAAAUCAAGCAAACUCUAGAACGAGAAUUCGACAUCUUUUUAACUGCACAAGAAAUACGAAAUCUCACUUUUGCGAAACUCAUUAAAAUGUCUAACGUAGACGCCAGCGAUUACACGCAAAAUAAAACGACAAUUAAUACAGAGACAAUAGAAGUCAUAAAAUUUUUAGUUGGCAUUGUAAAGGACAUCGAUUUUAUUUCAGAAACCAGUAUUGAACUUUCGACUGGUAAACAGGAAACUACAACUGAAGUUUUUCUUAUACCAGGUGUAGACGGGUGUGCAACUGUAUUUAAUCAUUUAGCCCCAAAUAUGAAAUAUUCAACAACGUCCCUGCAAUAUAACACAAACAACAUUGAUGCAAACAUUAUAGCAAAGACGACUAAUCAUCUCGCAAACCACAUUUUAUCAUCAAAGUUGAAAGGUACAAAAGACUUUGUAAUAGUAGGAUACUCCUUUGGAUCUUUUAUCGCAAUCGAGUUGACAAGAAGGUUAGAAGCCAUGAACUUUAAAGGCCGUGUGCUUCUUAUCGACGGCGCUCCUAAACAAAUACAGACAAUGUACAAUAAUUAUGCGUCAGAAAUAACAGAAACUGACCUUCAAAAUAGUGUUCUAACUAAUAUUAUGGAUAUCUAUUUGCCAGAAACUAGUAAAAAGAUUUUAACGGAACUGGAAAAAUGUGAUACCUGGGAAGAGAGAUACAAUAUUUUCUCAAAACAAUUCUUAGCUAUGAAUAAGUUACUCUCACCAACGAAUUUAAAAACGCUCUGUACCACAGUUUAUACACAUUUAUCCAAUGUUCCAAACUAUGACAUUUCUACGUUGUUACCUAUCAAAUCUCCAAUAACCUUAUUAAAAUGUACAAAUCCUUUGCAUAAACUAAAGAUUGAGGAAGAUUUCGGUUUGCAGAAGGUAACUCAAAGUGUGGUGAAGGUACAUUACGUUGAAGGUACUCAUGUAACAAUCUUAAAAAAUGAAAAAGUGCUAGCUGCAAUUAACGAAGAACCACCGUUUACAUUUUGAUUAAAAUAAAUAACAAAUUAUUAUUAAAAUUAUAUGCACUGGUGAAUUCUAGGGGAAGGCAUUUGGGGUUAAAACCCCGUCUUUUAAAUUAAAAAAUUAGUUUUACUGAAUCUGUUUAAAAAAUUUAAGUAAAACGAUGCAGGCCGAUUAACGCGGUCAAAUCGUUAUACAUAAGAUUUACUGUGUUCUAAUUGUUCGAUGUCCGAUGUUUAGGGAAAAAUUUUAUUAAUCCUUCUUUUCUUUUCCCCCAUUAUUGACAACAGAAUAUAGACAUUAUUGACAGUAAGUCGAUAUUCUUUCUACUUUUUUGGGGUGAUUAUGCUUCACGCAAAUUUUCAUAUAUAUAUAUAUAUAAAACAUAUUAAUAAACAAAUACGACUGAGAGAACUACUCAGUGCUCAAAAAUAAAUUAAUAAACAAAUACGACCAAGUGAUAAUAUAAUAAUAUCAUAUUAAGAAAGCUUUCUUAAUCACUCGGUCGUAUUUGUUUAUUAAUUUAUUUUUGAGCACUGAGUAGUUCUCUCAGUCGUAUUUGUUUAUUAAUGUGUUAUAUACAAAAAUUUGCGUGAAGCAUAAUCACGUGAAACAAAAAAUUUAGAAAAAAUAUCGGCUUACUGUUGUCAAUAAUGUCAAUAAUGUUAAUAUUCUGUUGUCAAUAAUAGUGGAGAAGGGUGGAGGAGUUAAUAAAAUUUUUCCCUGAACAUCGCCCGCGUUAAUCAGCCUGCAUCAUUUUACUUAAAUUUUUUUAACAGAUUCAGUAAAACGAAUCUUUUAAUUUAAAAAACGGCGUUUUAACACCAAACCCUGUCCUCUAUAAUCCGUCAUAUAUAAUCCGCCGCAUAUUAUAUAUAAUUUUAUAUAACCUUUAUUACAAAUAUGUAUA